AAGAGGAACGAAAUCAAAAUCCUCAAAUCCCUCUCUCACCUCACAACGGACAUCUCUGUGUCCGCAGCUAGCAAGGGGAGUGGCUGAUUAGGGCUUUCAGUUUCCAUUUUUUACCGAUCCAUUGCGGCGGCAGAAAUGAGGAAAUCAAGCCGUCAAUCGAAGCAUUCCGGUGAAGCCGAUGUCUCCUCAUCCUCGGUCACUUCGGCUACGGACAGUAAAGACUACGAAAAGAGAAUUCUCGAGCUUACGCGUGAAAAUGAAGCGUUUCAGAAGGAAAUUAAGGAUCUAAAAGACAGAUUAGAAAUUGCUACUUCAAGUGCUGCAAAUAGUGCUAAAAAGCUCAGAGAAGGUUAUAUUCAGAAGUUGGAUGUCCUUGAAGAUCAGGUUACAGAGCUGAAGAAGAAACUAGAUGUUCAAUCUCAGCUUUCGACCAGAAGGCCAAAAGGCGAAGCAGCUACCAAACAGACAGAUCUCGAGAUCGUGAGUUUGAAAGCGCAAAAGGUUCAACUGCAAUGUAAGAUGAAGCUAGAGUCCGUGCAGUUCAGAUUACAUAAAGGUUCAUUGGAAAAGGAAAUUCUUCAGCUUAAGAGAGAAAAUAGAAGAAACCAGCAUGAGAUGAAUAAGAUCCUAACUGCGAACCAGAGAUUAAAGAUGGUUUUGCAACGGAAGACAGAGGAAGCUUCUGAAGUUACGAAAAGGAUGAGAAACCUUUUGGAAUCUCGAAGGACUUCUGCACAGAGAAGAGCUGGUGCUAAACAUGGUAAUAUUACUUCUACGCAGUAUGUUGAGAAUGAAUUUGAAGUCACAGCGAGGUUACAUGAGUUAUGUUCCCAGUACGAGUCUCAAAUAGAAGAGAAAGAUAAGGAGAUUGCAAAACUUCAGGAAGAAGCAGAUGCGCUGCAGCAAGAAAAAUCAGGGUACCCAUCACAGGAAACUGAUGUCAACAUAUUGGAGAACGAUCAAGAUAUGAACGAACUAAAGGAACAGAUGGUGAUAUUGAGUGGUUUAUUUAACCAAAUGCAAAUCCAGAAGGUCAACAAGAUCCACAUGGAUACAUCAAAGGACGGUUCCGCUCAAACCUCCUCUGCUAGCGUCGGGAGUAAUAAUCUAUUGGAGGAGUUCGAUGCAGCUGGACAAGCACAUCAGUCAGGGUUCGACGCCGUGACAAAGAGAAGUGCAAAGGCAGAAUGCUGCUCUUGCAGUAAGAAAUCACUGUGCAAGACAACGAAAUGCAAAUGCCGAUCAGCUGGAAGGAGCUGUGGCACAUUAUGUGGCUGUACGGUUGGAAAGUGCAGCAAUAGAAGCAAUAGAGAUGAGAAACCGGGUGAGAUGAAGCCUUUAUCUGACAUAAGGAAUGUAUUGACAACUUAGCAUAAUGUAAGAAGCCAAAGUCAGGCGUGGGGAGGCUAUACAUUUCAGUUUCUUGCUGUUGAUUCGUCGCCCAUCCAUCUUCCCUUUGUUAGGUAUACAAAACUAAAGCAACGAAAAAAACACUGCACAGGAGACCUUUAAUUUUUAGAUUUUUGCACCAAUCUAAAAUGAGAAAAUUCUUCCUUCUCAUUUCAAAAGUUUGGCGCUAAUUCUAAAAAACGAGUACUUGCUGAUUUUCCUCGUCCCUUACUUGAGCCAUUGAUUAAUCGAUACCAUUUGAUUUGAUGCAAAAUGCUGCAUGAUCAUGCUGAUUCUUUCUUAUUUUUUAAAAAAACCUCAAGUUUGGUUCACUUUUUUCGAUUUCUAUCAAAUUUAAUCUGUAAUGUUGUUAUGCAGCACCUUUGCUUGAAUAAAAUUUUGGAUUUUAGUA